CUCUGGAUUACCUUAUCAAGAAUCACAGAAACAAAUCCAUUAAAGGCAAAACAAUUUCAAUCUCCUCAAACCCCAAAACCACCCCUUCUCUCUAAAAUUUGCUAAAAAGAAGGACUUUUUGUUCACAAGCCAUGGCAGGCAGGAAGGGAAUUGAAGUGGUGAGGAAUUUGGAUGUACAGAGGUACAUGGGUAGGUGGUAUGAGAUUGCAUCAUUUCCUUCAUUUUUUCAGCCCAAGAAUGGAGUGAAUACAAGAGCUACCUACACUCUGAAGGAUGAUGGAACUGUGAAUGUUCUCAAUGAGACAUGGAGUGAUGGCAAGAGGAGUUACAUAGAAGGAACUGCUUAUAAGGCUGAUCCUAACAGUGAUGAGGCCAAGCUGAAAGUGAAAUUCUAUGUUCCUCCAUUUUUGCCCAUCAUUCCUGUAACAGGGGAUUACUGGGUCUUGUAUCUUGAUGAUGAUUAUCAGUAUGCCUUGAUUGGAGGACCUACCAAGAAGUAUCUCUGGAUACUUUGCAGGCAGACCCAUAUGGACGAUGAGAUCUACAAUAUGCUUCUGCAGAAGGCCACAGAUGAUGGCUACGAUGUGAGCAAACUGCACAAGACUCCGCAGAGUGAUCCACCUCCGGAAGCUGCCGAGGGUCCCGUAGAUAGUAAAGGCAUCUGGUGGAUCAUAUCCAUCUUCGGGAAGUAGUAAAUGCUGGCCUUACUAAACGAAGGCUUAAUAAGUAUGUGAUAUUGAAUACAGUCAAGUAUAUCACAACUCAUCUGUAGUGUUUUUGCUGUAACUGGAAAUGGUUGUACUGUGUCUGGGUUUUUUUUUUGUGUUCUUUUUGGUGCCAAGUUCUUAUGGCUCCUGGUCUAUGAAUGUGUGUGCUUGUACAUUAAGUUCGAAUAUUUUUUUUUGUUCUGAGGAA